UUCAAGUUGAAUCUUAAGGUUACUUCAGGAAACACAUAUCUACCUAUCCCCUUUUCCAAAGCUCCAUAAAGUUCUUUAGUGUAUUCCAGUCGCUAGGAGACGGGAAACCGGAAGCGGAAAUGCCUUGAACGACACCUUCCGGAAGAGGCCGCCAUGGCUGCCCGGGAGGAGGUACUCGCCUUGCAGGCUGAAGUUGCCCAGCGUGAGGAGGAGCUGAGUGCCCUGAAGCAGCGGCUGGCGGCGGCUCUUUUGGCGGAGCAGGAGCCGGAACGGCUGGUUCCGCUGUCGCCCCUGCCGCCGAAGACGUCCCUGUCCCGAGAUGAGAUUCUGCGCUACAGCCGGCAGCUGGUGCUGCCUGAGCUGGGCGUGCACGGACAGCUGCGCCUGGCGACCGCGUCCGUGUUAAUCGUGGGCUGCGGUGGGCUCGGCUGCCCACUGGCGCAGUACCUGGCGGCGGCCGGCGUCGGCCGCCUUGGUCUUGUGGACUACGACGUAGUAGAAAUGAGCAAUCUGGCGCGCCAAGUGCUGCAUGGCGAGGCACUGGCCGGCCAGGCCAAGGUCUAUUCGGCUGCCGCCUCGCUGCGUCGUCUCAACUCGGCCGUGGAGUGCGUGCCCUACGCCCAAGCGCUCACGCCAGCCACUGCGCUAGACCUAGUACGCCACUACGACGUGGUGGCUGAUUGCUCUGACAACGUGCCCACUCGCUACCUGGUUAACGACGCCUGUGUGCUGGCCGGUCGCCCUCUCGUGUCGGCCAGCGCGCUGCGCCUGGAAGGCCAAAUUACGGUCUACCACUAUGACGGCGGGCCGUGCUAUCGCUGCGUGUUCCCCCAGCCACCGCCAGCGGAGACGGUGACCAAUUGCGCGGAUGGCGGGGUGCUUGGUGUUGUAACUGGGGUCGUGGGCUGCCUGCAGGCGCUGGAAGUGUUGAAGAUCGCUGCAGGUCUGGGCCCCUCUUACAGUGGCAGCUUGUUGCUCUUUGAUGCCUUCAGAGGACGCUUCCGCUGUAUUCAGCUGCGGAGCCGCAGGCCAGACUGUGCAGCUUGUGGGGAGCGGCCCACUGUGACUGACCUGCAGGACUAUGAAGCCUUCUGUGGCUCCUCGGCCACCGAUAAGUGCCUCUCCCUGCAGUUGCUGAGCCCGGAGGAGCGGAUUUCUGUCACGGACUAUAAGCGACUUCUGGAUUCUGGGUCACCCCACCUGUUGCUGGACGUCAGGCCUCAGGUGGAAGUGGACAUCUGUCGUUUACCGCAUGCCCUACACAUCCCUUUGAAACAUUUGGAGCAGAGGGAUGCAGGUAGCCUGAAACUCUUAGGAGAAGCAAUCCAGAAAGGGAAGCAAAGCACGCAGGACGGAGUAGUUCUCCCCAUUUAUGUGAUUUGCAAACUGGGCAAUGACUCCCAGAAAGCCGUGAAGAUCCUGCAGUCCGUGACAGCGGUCCAAGAGUUAGACUCUCUCACAGUUCAGGAUGUUGUGGGGGGCCUCAUGGCGUGGGCUGCCAAAAUCGAUGGAACUUUUCCUCAGUACUGAGACGGCUGGUACACACAGUCUAACCAGGGAAAGAUGUGGAUUGCCGUAUCUCCUUAAACAUAAUUAAUUUGUAUUUUUUUUCAGUAAUGUACAGAAAAGACUGGGAUUCUGUAACAUCUGUGAAUACACGGACUGCUUUUUAUAAGAGGCUUCUUAAUGGUGAUUUAUUGGAUGGAGGGUGUCUUGAACAUGUGAGAUAUAAUGUGACAGGAUUUUGUGUUUUAAACUGCAGGUCAUUUGCCUGCCCUGCUUUUU